AUGGACAAGAUUAUAAUCAGUGAUCGAGGAACAAACUUUACCUCAAAAAUUGUGAAAGAAGUUAAUUAUUUCUUUUCAACUGAUCAUUAUUUAACUUCACCUUAUCACCCACAGACUAAUGGUUUAACUGAGAAAACCAAUCAUACCUUGUGUCGAAUGAUUACUCACUAUGUUCAACGGCAAAAUAAAUGGGACCUGGUCCUACCGAUGAUCACCUUCGCUUACAAUAGUGCUAAUAAUUCGAGUACCAGAGCCUCCUUUUAUCUAAUUUAUGGACGAGAGCCAACGUUACCUGUUGAUUUGUCAAUAGGACUCAAGAGAGCCUCACACUCAACAGUUACAAAAAGGAAAACACUGUUGACCACAACUGGAUGGUUAUCAAUUAAAUCACUCUUAAUUUUUCUUAUUCUAUGUUUGGCUUCACCCUCAAUGGAAUUUGAUCCAGCACCUUUCAUUCUCUGGAGAGAAUAUCCAAAACACAUUAUCAACGGGCACAUGAAUCAUGAGGUCCUCAUUAACAUUAAAAGUCCUUGUCCACGAUUCGAAAUACGUACGAAAAGACAAAACGACAAUAUAACACUUUCUUUUGAUCCUAAUUACCCUGAAUCAUCACCAUCAUCGCCAUCAUCGUCACCUCCACUACCGGAAGAAACAUAUUUACCAAAAGAAUUUGUGGCACCUCCAAUGCCCUAUCGUCCUAGGUUUGAACAAGAAAGACAAGAAAAGUGUAACUGCCCUUCAGUGUCGUGCCCUCAGCUGCAUGCCCACCAAUAUCGUGCCCAUCAACAGGAAUAUCCGAUGUAA